CAAAGAGGUCGAUUUUCUUUUCUCAGUCGGCGCUCGCAAACACCUAGACGCCCUCUUAAUAACGCCUCGACAAUUGACCUCCAGAGGGCACGACACAGCACUAACCAGGGAUAGCGUCCCAUUGAGGUUAUCAGUCAUCAAAUGAACCAAUUAUCCGCAUCUUAUCGCGGGGAAGCUAAUCGGUGGACCUUACCCAGAACAGUUCAUGAAUUGCAUAUGGAGUCCUGCUGCAUGGGCUACUGAUUGAUUGCUGGUCGCAUCGUGUAUCGCAAAGCCUAUUACUAAAGCUUGGUUCCGAAUCUCAGUUCCGAAGAUUCUCUCCCCCUCAUUCCGCAUCACCCAAGUGACCCACAUGGCAACCGUCACCCUUGGACCGCAGCCAGCUUUCAAUGCCUAUAGAGUGUCAAAUCCCCCCCGAACGUUCCUCCAUCAGAUGAUUUCUCUCUAUCCGGUCGAGUACUGAACGAAUAGCAAUCGUCCCCUACACCGUCGGCACAAUGGCUGCUGCAAUCCCCCACCCCCUCUCCGCUCUAUCGCUCAGCGAGACCAACCAGGCUCGCGACAUUGUUCUUGCCCUCCACCCGGGAACCAUUGUCAAUUUCCGCACAGUCUACCUCACUGAGCCUCCCAAGGCUGAGGUCGUCCCUUUUCUUGCCCUUGAGCAUGCCGGAAAGGUCAAUGAACUCACCCCAAGACCUGCUCGCCUGGCUGAGGCCCGUUACGAUGUCGUCCGCAACGGCCAAAACCGCCCAGAGUAUCACGAGUCCGUUGUUGACCUUCGGACUUCGCAACGCGUGAAGCACCAGAUUGUUGGAUCUGAGCACCAUGCCAGCUUGACUAUGUUCGAGUUUGAUAAGCUCGUGGAAUGCAUUAAAAACUCCCCUCUCUUCAAGGAGAAGAUUAAGAAGAUUAAACUUCCCGAGGGAUUCGAGCUUGUUGUGGAGCCAUGGCCAUACGGUGGCCCUGAUGAGGUUGAUGGCGAUACCCGCUUCUUCCAGGGUCUUUGCUUCGGCCGAGAUACUCGCAGUGGCAACCCCGACUCCAACUUCUACGCGUUCCCCAUUCCCAUCAUCCCCAUCAUGGAUGCGAACAAGAACGAGGUUGUGCGCAUCGAUGAGCCUGCCACUGGUGGAGGUGGCGAUUCUCUGAUUGGAUCCGCCGUCAGCGGUGGCAUCAUUGACCACUGCAAGGGCGCCGAGUACGUUCCUGAGCUGUUGCCUCUGGGAACUCGAAAGGACCUCAAGCCCUUGACGGUUCAACAGCCCGACGGCCCCAGCUUUACCAUCACAGAUAACCUCAUUGAGUGGCAAAAGUGGCGAAUGAGAGUCUCUUUCAACCCGCGUGAGGGAGCUGUUCUGCACGAUAUUAGAUACGAUGGACGUGAGAUUAUGUACCGUCUCAGCAUUAGUGAUAUGACUGUCCCUUAUGCUGAUCCCCGAGCGCCCUUCCACCGAAAGCAAGCAUUUGAUUUCGGUGAUGGUGGUCUUGGCCAUGCCGUGAACAACCUGACUCUUGGAUGUGACUGCCUCGGUGUUAUUAAGUACUUCGAUGGUGUUUUGACCAAGUCAGAUGGCUCCGCUGAGGUGACCAAGAAUGUCAUCUGCCUGCACGAGCAGGAUGACGGCAUCGCCUGGAAGCACACCAACUGGCGAACUGGCCGCGCCGUCGUCACUCGACGCCGUGAACUCGUUGUCCAGUUUAUCAUCACUCUGGCCAACUACGAGUACAUCUUCGCCUACAAGUUCGACCAAGCGGCUGGUAUCGAGGUCGAGGCCCGAGCUACCGGUAUCGUGUCCGUCGUCAACAUCGACGAGGGCAAGACUGCCCCCUGGGGCAACGUGGUCAGCCCUGGUGCCCUGGCACAAAACCAUCAGCACGUUUUCUGUGUCCGUAUGGAUCCCGCCAUUGACGGCCACUCCAAUACUGUGGUGCAAGAGGAGAGCCUGCCGGUGCGCAGAGAUAAGCGGACGAACCCCAACGGAAACUUCUACGAAGUGCGUCAGACUCCCAUCACCACGUCAACCGGCGUUGAUGUCGCUCCGUUCAACAACCGCACCUUCAAGGUCCAGAACUUGGCUAAGAAGAACCCCGUCAGUGGAAAGCCCGUCGGCUACAAGAUCGGCGUGCCGGCCACGCAGCUCCUGCUUGCCGACCCCCACAGCAUCCAGGCCGAGCGUGCUUUGUUUGCCCAACACCAUCUCUGGGUCACCAAGUACAAGGAUGAUGAGCUGUACGCUGGAGGCCGAUAUACUCUGCAGAGUCGCCGAGAAAUCGGCGGUGUCGCUGAUGCAGCAGCACGUAACGAGGAUGUCCUCAACGAAGAUAUCGUCGUCUGGGCCGUUUUCGGCCUCACCCACAACCCCCGAGUCGAGGACUGGCCUGUCAUGCCUGUUGAGAAGCUUCAGGUCCAUUUCCAGCCGUCGGACUUCUUUAAGGAGAACCCUGCUCUGGAUGUGCCUUCAAAUGCCGAUAUUGGCUCCAAGCUGACGGAGGGAUGCUGCAGUGGAGCAAAGGGCCCGAAGAUGGAGAAGGGCAAGUUGUAGAUUAGUAGCGAACUGCUUUAGCCGAGCCGAUUCCGGACUUGGAUGAUUAGAUAGAAGGCCCGAAUUAGACGGGACUGUAUAAAAUUGAUACACUAUUGUUUAAA